AGCGUUACUCAGGAGGGUAACCUUGACAACAUAUGUCAAGGUCAAGGUCAUCGGAGCUGACUCCCCUAAAGUGAACAUUUACCAAAACUACCAAAAGAUCCGAUCAAUAAGAUAACUAACAAAGUUCAAGACCUAAUUAAAGCUUGGCGAGAUAAUGACAUCAUCAAUGAUUUCGAAUACCGACAUUUGAAUUGUACAAAUGGUAAUCUACCAAGAUGUUGCGGAUUGCCGAAGAUCCAUAAACCUGGUCAUCCUCUACGUAUUAUUGUCUCGACACUGGGCAGCCCCCUGUAUAACAUUUCUCGCUUCCUACACGAUAUUUUAAAUCACUCUAUUUCUAAACCGAAAUCUUAUGUCAAUGAUAGUUGGACCUUCGCGGAGAACAUUAGUGAAUGCCACAUCCACCACAAUGACAUCAUGGUAUCACUAGAUGUGACUGCAUUAUUUACUAAUGUUCCUAAAGAACUAGUACUUAAAGGCAUUGAAAACAGAUGGCAUGAAAUUUCCAAAGCCACGAAACUCAGCUUACCUCAAUUCUCACAUGCAAUAGAUCUAAUUCUCAGUUUAACUAGCUUUUCUUUUAAUGACCAGAUAUAUGAACAGAUCUUCGGUAGUCCUAUGGGGUCUCCUCUAUCCCCUAUACUAGCGGAUAUAAUUAUGGAUAACCUAGAGACACACUGUAUUAAUUCGUUGGAUUUCGAGAUACAAGUGUAUUAUAGAUACGUUGACGACAUAUUCCUAGUCCUCCCUGAGGACAGACUACAGGAAGUGUUGAAUACUUUUAACAGUUACCAUCCUCGUCUACAAUUCACCUCCGAGAUUGAGAACAAUAAAACACUCAAUUUUCUUAAUGUGUCUGUCCUCAGAGAAAACAACAAAAUGAUAACGAAUUGGUACAGAAAACCGACAUUUUCGGGAAGAUACAUUAAUUACUUUUCGAGCCACCCGACAAAAUACAAAAUUAACACGGUCUCAACUUUAGUAGACCAAGCCAUUUUACUUUCUGACGCACGUUUCCACAACAGUAACAUUAAGUUAAUUCAUGACAUUCUCCUAAAUAAUUCUUAUCCCCCCCGUUUUAUUAAAGAACACAUUACAAAACGAUUAAAACUAUUACGUCAUCGACACAAUACCAAUACUAACGACCCUCCAACUGAGAGCCUUGAACGUAAAAAUUAUCUCACUAUACCAUAUAUCAAUGGUAUUAGUGAAGAAAUAGGACGCAUUUUAUCCAAAUUUAAUAUGAAUAUUGUGUUUACUGUCCCUAAAAAACUUGACGUAAUUAUAAGAAAGGGGAAGGAUAAAAUAAUCAACACGAAACAGACCGAACUUGUCUAUAAAAUUGAUUGUAUUAACUGCGACGCGACCUAUAUUGGCCAAACUAAGAGACAUAUUGCAACGAGGAUAAAGGAACAUUGCAACGACAUCAAAAAACCGACAUCAAAUCACUCUGUCGUAAGCAAACAUCGGACAAUAUUCGGACAUGAUUUUGACUGGUCAAAUCCUCUAAUUUUACACAAAGAACGACAUUAUAGACGCAGAGAAAUCACAGAGAUGUUUUUUAUCAAGAAAUUUAAUAACGCUAUUAACCUCCAGAAAAAUACUGAAAAUCUGAACACGAUAUAUGAUAGAAUCGUUCGACUCACCUAGUUAGUUAUAUUUAUUUUUAUUUAUUUGUUUCUCUGGUCCCCUUCUACAUAUAUGUCAUGACGGGAGGAUCUUAGCAAUGUCCCUUUGUUCUGUUCCAACUAUCUAGUCUCUUGGUGACAUGACACGUGCGAAGACGUAUAUUUCUAUGUGCGAUGACGAUUAGCCUAAAUUUAUAUUUUCCUAUGCUUCGUUGUCACAAGCUAUAGGAUCCACUUGAAAAGGAC